AGGUUGAGCGGCGUGAGAGGGGAGGUGUGUGUUGCCUCUCAGCUGUCACGCUCUCACGCACGCGCCUGAGCGCCCCUGGCCGGGCUCGCGCGUUUACCGUUUCAUUCGAACAGCGAGCGAGAGGCGAGCUCACGAGAACCGACCGGGUCGUUUUUUUUUUAAAAAAGAGAGAGAGCGAGAGAGAGAGCGAGAGGGGAGAUAGAGACAGGAGGAAAAGUACAACUUCCGCUUGUGCCUCAUGGAGCGGCGUGAGCCGUCCCGCUGCGCAGUACGGGCUGCGCACUGGCCCUCUUCACUCCCUCCUCCCGGAGUCUAACAAGAGGCCGGAGCGGAGCGCAAGAGAGAGAGAGAGAGAGAGAGGGGCUGAAAAGUGACUCGUUAUCACCUGAUCGCGCACCGCACGGCGGCCCCGGCGUCAUGGCUUCGGAAGAGCUGUACGAGGUAGAGAAAAUUGUGGCCAAGAGGAAAAAUAAAAAAGGGCGAACAGAGUAUUUGGUGCGGUGGAAAGGUUAUGACAGUGACGAUGACACAUGGGAACCAGAACAUCAUCUGGUGAACUGUGAGGAGUAUAUUCUGGAGUUUAACAGACAGCACAGUGAUAAGCAGAAAGACGGUCCUUUUUCCAGAGCAAGCAAACACAGUCUGAACAAUGCUCGAAAACAGAUUUCCAGGUCAACCAACAGCUCUCUGUCAAAGUCUGCUCCAAAAUCAUCAGGAGUUGGUAAAGAUAAUGACUCAAAAAACAGCAGUCAAUUCUUGUCAAGUCACCAGAAAUACCGAAAAAGCAGCUCACAGGCUUUCUCCAGUAGGAAGACAAUGGACCUUUCUAAAUCUGGCAUCAAAAUCUUAGUUCCGCGAAGCCCUCUAAAGAAUAGGAUAAUUGAUGGUUUUCAGGAUACCUCAUCAGACAGAUUAGAGCAAAUGGCACAGAAUCCAGACUCUGUAGCACCAGAACUGACUAUUGAAAAGCCAGUUGGGGCUUUGCUUAGCCCUGGAAGUGAAAGAGCCAGGAUGGGGACCAGGCCAAGGACGCAAUCCUUAUCACCACAGAUGCAACUGCCAGUGACCGCAGCCACAGCUUCAGCGUUAUUUAAUGGCAAAGGUACAUCUCCUACAUUCUUAGAUGCAUUGGGAGCCAAUGGUACAACCAAUAUUCAAAGUUCAAUUACGGGAGUUUCAGCAAACAAAAGGAGAUUAAUAGAAGAGCGACGGGACCAACCUUUUGAUAAGAGACUAAGGUUCAGUGUCAGACAAACGGAAAGUGCCUACCGAUAUAGGGAUAUUGUUGUCAGGAAACAAGAUGGGUUUACACACAUUUUACUUUCUACCAAGUCGUCUGAAAACAAUUCCUUAAAUCCAGAGGUUAUGAAGGAAAUGCAAAGUGCUCUGAACACAGCAGCAGCUGAUGACAGUAAACUGGUUUUGCUGAGCGCUGUAGGAAGCGUGUUUUGUUGCGGUCUUGACUUUAUUUAUUUCAUUCGACGGUUAACAGACGACCGGAAAAGGGAAAGUACUAAAAUGGCCGACACUAUCAGGAGUUUUGUCAAUACAUUUAUUCAGUUUAAGAAACCAAUCAUAGUAGCUGUAAAUGGACCUGCAAUAGGCCUCGGAGCUUCCAUAUUACCUCUCUGUGAUGUGGUGUGGGCAAAUGAGAAGGCGUGGUUUCAGACUCCCUAUACUACAUUUGGACAGACACCAGAUGGGUGUUCAUCGUUGAUGUUUCCCAGAAUAAUGGGCUUAGCUUCGGCAAAUGAAAUGCUCUUCAGUGGACGAAAGUUGACUGCACAGGAAGCAUGUGCAAAAGGAUUGGUGUCGCAGGUUUUCUGGCCUGGAACAUUCAGUCAGGAGGUUAUGGUCCGAAUUAAGGAACUGGUCAUGUGCAAUUCCCUUGUACUUGAAGAAUCCAAAGCUCUUGUUAGAAAUGCAAUGAGGGGUGAUUUGGAGCAAACAAAUGAAAAGGAGUGUGAUGUUCUGAGGAAAAUCUGGAGCUCUUCUCAGGGGAUGGACUCGAUGCUGAAAUAUCUACAGAAGAAAAUCGAUGAAUUCUGAGUAUGUGCUUUGUCACUGGAAGAUUAUUUCUUGAUCACUUCGUCCCUGUUGACUUAACAAAUGCCCUGACUUAAAAAUAAGGGGGGAUGGAGGAAAAUCUAGAAAACAAAAGCAGGUCUCAUCUGCUCAAGAGCAAAGACUGAAAAAGUUGUUCCGAAGAUCUCAUCAAGUACUGUAUUUUCAACAUUCAGAAAGACCGGAAGCAAACUUAGCCGAUAAUGAUUGGAACUGCACUACCAAACGUUUCAGUUUCUGCUCAUCCAGUCGCUUUUUGUCCUUUGCUAUUACUGCACUGUACCGUACUGUGCUUUCCAAAUCCAGAUGUUUAUUAUGUAUUGUUUGUGACAGGGCAGACUGGAAAAACACUCAGCUUGAAAAGAUGGAAGGAGAGGAAAAAAACGGGUAAAAAAAAAACAGCCACCUUCUCGCUGCCAGAGAUCAGUUGGCUGGUUUAAUUUUAUAUAUAAAAAACUGAAAGGUCAGAAGAAUGUGGUUUGGGGGGAGAGGAUUUUACAUACCUCAAAGAAAAGAUCAAAAAGUCUUCGAUUUCUGACAGUGGACCCAGUAUCUAACAUAAACCUUUAAAGCUACACAUAUCCUUUUGAAGAGUCUAUCUAUAUGUACAUGUUAAAUGUGCUCAGGAGGUGUGUUUUAAGUGUUUGACCCACUUUCAGACAUGUUAGUAUAUUGUUACCCAGUAAGCAUGAAGAACCACUGGCUCUUUGAGAGAGAAAAACUUGCCUUGCAGUAUUAGUGAUUCUUUGUGAAUCUUAUAUAUUAAAGAAAUGCAUAAGUUAAGAAUUAGUUGUAGUGUUUUAAAGUGUAGGGAUUUUUUUCUUUAUUUUUAAUCAACUGCAGAUGUAUACUUCUGUUUCUGGGUGAAAGCGUUAAAUUAUAGAAAGAGCUUGUGUUUUCUUUGCAGGUUAAAAUUGAUAUAUUACACCAAAAACUGCUUUAUGUAUUCAUAACUAUGUAUGAUUUUUAGACCACUUUAGAAGGGUUUCUUUAAUUUAAUAAGUUAAAUUUUCUAUUGGCACACUAUACAAUAUAAAACUCCUUCCAAAAACUACCUUAAAACUAGAUGGUUUCUUGUGUCAACUUAUUUUAUGAUACACUAUAUGGUGUUCUUAACAGUACCCCUUGUAAAUAAAAUGCUCAUUCCUUUUAGGAAUGGUUACUAAUUCCUGUUUGCAGAUAUCUGAAUGAAUAUAGAUAUCUGCAUUUGCAAUCUUUCUGAAUGUAUGAAGAAUGGAAAUUAAAUCUUAUUUUUGUACAGUUUAUUUGUUUGUACUUAGAAAUGAUCACCUCCUCUUGCCGGUGGAGAGCUGUACAAUGUGUAAAUCUGCCUUUUAUUUGGAUUGGUACAGUAUUUUUGCAUCUGUGGGACCUACUUUUGUUCAUUAGUUUAAACUAUAUUAUAAACUGUACAAUCUGUAAAGUUUUAUAGAUUAAUAAUUAAAGAUUGAGCUGUGAAAAGACCUGGGUAAAUAAAACUAAUAUUUCAUACUCAAAA